AUGGCUAUCACACCCCUCUUCCGAGCUCUGCUCAUCGUUGGCCUUCUGGCCUGCCUUGUAGCCUCCAGUGGUCCUAACCCCGAGCCCCUGGACCAAAACUACAACAUCCCCUACAAGCCCGAUGACUACGACAGGGAGGCUUUGGACAAGGCCCGUGUCAAGGUUGCUCCUCAGGUCACCCCCAUGCCCUCCCCCGUCAAGCGCCAAGAAGGUAUCAAGAUCUACAGCUGUGGUGGAGGUCAAAAGCGCGAGGAGCACGGCAGCUGUGGUUGCAGCUCUGGUAGAAAGCACUCGCCUCUCUCCAAGCGCCGGAAUACCUCCAUGUGUGGUCGCGACUUGGGCAACCAGCCCGCGCAGCCCACCAAUGUCCCGGAGCACAACUGCUGUGGUUGCAACUCGGGUAGAGAGCACAAGCCACCCACCAAGCGUGAGGAGAACAACAGCUCUGCCAUCGCCUCGGAAGCCAAGCUCCCAUAUCCUCCUCUCGAGCUGCAUCCAGCCUAUCCCGGCUCAGAUCUUGUAUUUCCAGCGUCGGAGCUCGAAGUCCUGAAACAGUGGGCUGCCGAGGGCAAGUACACCAGCUGCAACUCAGGCAUGAAGGAUAAGCUACCUAAGCGUGACCACCUGGAGAUGUACCCAACCUAUCCCGGCUCAGAUCUCGCAGUCCCAGCGUCAGAACUCGAAGUCUUGAAGCAGUGGGCUGCUGAGGGCAAGUACCCUGAGAUCACUGCCAACAUGAACAAGCAUCCCAUGUCGAAGCGUCUGCCCCCUUCCUUUGAGUCUUUCGAGGAGCUCAAGAAACACCGAGAAGAGAUCAAGAAACAAAAGGAACAAUUGUCACGCGAGAAGGCUCUCCAGAAGGGCCUUGAAUCCUACGAGAAUGAAAGGAUUGCCGCCAUCGCCGAUGUUGAUGUCAGGAUCCAGCAGACACGCGUCCCAGACGAAGAUGGUGACCUCCCUGUUGUCAUCAAGAUCACAAUCACCAACAACAGCAAGUGGAAGAUCACCUACUGUGACAAGACAUCUCCCAUCAGCAGCAACGCCUACAAGAUGGGCUUCUUCGAGGUGAUCUCUCGCGAGUUGCGCGCAGACAUCGGGGCCCCAGCCAACAACACCCUGGCCGCAACCCAGCCAAGUUGGGGAGAGUGCAGCCGCGAUCUGUACAGCGGCGAGUCGGCUUCCACCUGGAUGACUUUCCCUCCCCCUGACGCUCUCGACAACCCCAAGCUUGGAUCUUUGAAGGGCGGAAAGUACGAUGUCCGCCUGACGGGAGUGUGGCACGGAAUUCAGGCGAUGGGUGAUCCUGAGGUUGACCCUAAGUGGGAUACCAAUGAGUGGUCCACCUACACUCAUCGUUUCUCCUCCAACACCAUUACCAUUGAUAUGUAA